UCCUGCCGCAGUCUGCAUUCGGUUUAGAGAUGAGCUACCCACUGGACCACCUCUACGGCCACGGCUCCUACCGCAGGGCACCACAGGGCCUCUCUGCCCGGCCUGCCGCUUCCCUCUCCUCCUCCGGCUUCCACUCCCAGCCCUGGACGACCUCUCAGCGCCGCCGCCAGGCCUACAGCCAGACACCCUCCGCCGACAGCUUGGAGAUCUUUAACGGCGACAUGACUCGGAGGAACGAGAAGGAGAUUCUGCAGACACUCAAUGACCGUUUCGCCGGCUACAUCGACAAGGUGCGGAACCUCGAGCUGAUGAACUCGAAUCUGGAGCAGGAAGCGGCUGCGCUGCGACAGAGCCAGACCGGGCGCGCUACCGUGGGAGAGCACUAUGAGCGCGAGCUGGGGAACCUGAGGGGUCUGGUUCAGCAGCUGACCGGGGAGAAGGCAUGCGCACUCUUGGAGCAAGACCACCUGGAAGAGGAUAUCCAGCAUGUGCGGACCAGGCUCGAGGACGAGGCACGCAGCAGGGAGGAGCUGGAAGCCAAGGCACGCCUAAUGAACAAGUAUGUGGAUGAGUCUGGGCUCGCACGGCUAGAGCUGGACAAGAAGCUGAGCGCGCUGCAGGAAGAAGCAGCGUUCCUGAAGAAGAACCACGAGGAGGAGGUGGCGGAGCUGCUAGCACAGAUCCAGGGUGCACAGGUGAGCUUCGAGGCUCGAGACACAAUCAAGGCGGACGUCACGAACGCCCUGCGGGAGAUCCGCGCUCAGCUGGAUGGACACGCGACCAAGAGCGCAACGCACGCGGAGGAAUGGUUCAAAGUGCGUAUGGAGCGGUUGGCAGAUGCAGCUCACUCUAACACAGAUGCGAUCCGUGGUGCCCAGGAUGAGAUAGCAGAGUACAGACGGCAGCUGCAGAGCCGCACCAUCGAACUGGAGACCCUCAGAGGAACCAAGGACUCCCUGGAGAGACAAUGCAUGGAGACUGAGGACAGACACCAUGGAGAUAUCCACUCACUACAGGAGACUAUUCGUCAGCUGGACGGUGAACUGAAGAGUACUAAGUGGGAGAUGGCCAGCCAGCUGAGAGAAUACCAGGAGCUGCUGAACGUCAAGAUGGCUCUGGACAUAGAGAUAGCAGCCUACAGGAAGUUGCUGGAAGGGGAGGAGACUCGGUUCAUACCUGGGCCAAGCCUGUACUCCUACUCCUCUGCCCACCUGAAGCUGAAGGGGGAGGAGCUCUCAGACACAGUCAUACUGGAGGAACAGACGGAUGAGACACAGGUCACUGAGGUGACAGAAGAAGCAGAAGAUGAGGAAGAGGAAAAGGGAGAGGAGACAGAAAAGGAAGAAGAGGAGGAAGAGGAAGAGGGAGAAAAGGAGGAGGAAGAGGAUGAGACCAAAGCUGAGGCAGAGGAGGGAGAAGGAAAGGGAGUUGAGGAUAAGGGGGAAGAGGAAGAGGAGGCAGGUGAGGAGAAAGAGGAUGAGAAGUCUAAGUCACCUGAAAAGGCUGCUUCUUCUCCAUCCAAAUCUCCCCAAUCUCCCCCCAAAACCCCCCAGCCCAAAUCACCUGCCCCCAAAUCACCUGAAUCAAAAUCUCCCCUCCCAAAAUCACCUGAAUCAAAAUCUCCCCUCCCCAAAUCACCUGCCAAAUCUCCCGCCCCCAAAUCACCUGAAUCCAAAUCACCCCAAGCCAAAUCUCCCCUCCCCAAAUCCCCAGAGUCUAAGUCUCCCCCUCCCAAAUCCCCUCUCCCAAAGUCUCCUGAACCCAAGUCCCCCAUCCAGGAGAAGGCCAAGCCCCCUGCAGAAGACAAACUGGCCAAGCAGGAGAAGAAAGAGAAGGAACAACCCCAGCCUGUAAAGGAGGAAAAGAAACAAGAGCCAGAACCCAAGGAGAAGGAGAAAUGUGAGAGCCAGCCUAAAGAGGAGAAGGUUGAGGAGAAGACAGACAAACCAGAUCCCAAGGAGAGCAAGCCAGAUGAGAAUCCCAAGAAGACUGAGACCCCAACACCUGCCCCCCCUGCUGCCACCCCGGCAAAGCCUGCAGAGGAAAAGCCCGCCCCCGCCAAGGAGAGCCACAGCCCUGCUAAGAGAGAAGAGGAGAAACAAGCCAAAACAGAUGACACACCCCAGGUAGAGGUGAAGCCUGCCCCCAAAGAAUCACCACAGAAAACAGAGAGCACAAAGGAGAAGAAAGCAGAGCCCAAAGAGGAGGUGAAGAAGGAGGAUAAGAAGGAGGACAAGAAGGAGGCCUCUAAAGCAUCCGACAGUAAAGAGGCAAAGGAUACGAAGGAGGUAGGGAAGGCAGAGAAGGCCAAGAAAUCUUCUGGCCCUGAAGUCAAAGACGAGAAAUCUUCUAGCACUGAAGUCAAAGACGAGAAAUCUUCUAGCACUGAAGUCAAAGACGAGAAAUCUUCUAGCACUGAAGUUAAAGACGAGAAAUCUUCUAGCACUGAGGUCAAAGACGAGAAAUCUUCUAGCACUGAGGUCAAAGACGAGAAAUCUUCUAGCACUGAAGUCAAAGACGAGAAAUCUUCUAGCACUGAGGUCAAAGACGAGAAAGCCAAGAAGUGAGUCACUAACACACUGCAUAUGAGCCAGGAGAAGAGAGAGAGAUGCCAAAGAACUAUCGGGAGGGGAUGGGGGAAGGGAAGCUACUGAAGCCCUGAGCAGCCUUUGUAAAGGGAAGCCAAAGCAUAGCAGAGCAGAGCAGGAGACAAACAGUAAACAAACAAAGCAAUAGCUUUUCUCUAGUUACUAUCCCCCGGGUACUCAACCCUGAUAUGAUGCUUCUUCUAAUCUAUGACUGUAGUGAAUGCAGAAUGCUCUAAACUCUAUCUGAAUUGUGUCUAUAUGACUGCCCGUCAAUAAUAACAAGUGCAUUAAAACAGCAGCAUUGCCUUGGCUGGGAGCACAGUACAGGGCCAUGCACCUUCUAAAGCCUUCAAGGGUAGCAAUGUCAACAAAUGUCUAUAAAAGAUUGUGACAGAUCAAUAUAUUGUACUGUAUGUGUAUAUUUAUGAAGAUAUAAAUGUGUAUAUUAUAUUAACAACUAUAAAAAGCAGAGAAAGACUACAAACCUGCUCAUUGUGCAUCUUAAACAGCUCCCUGUCUGAUGGUUGUGCUGACUCACUGUGCUGUGGUCAGUAAUGAUACCUAGGCCAGUGAGGAGAACUCUGAAGUCAGGGAUGACUGUGCUAUGUAUAAACUGCUGAGAGUAUGCAAUACAAACUGAUGAACUAAUAAAGGUUAAAACCAAAAUA